GAAGCAGGGCUCCGCAGUCUUCCUCCCAAUUCUCCGGGUGCCGAAUCUUGAAAAACUCCUCUGCUUGCUUUCCCUACCUUCUCCAAAGGCGGCGAUGGGUUGCUUCUCUAUUCCCAUCGUCAGCCCAUGAAAUCUCUCUUCUCUCCAAGCAUCCUUCCUCUCCAACCCCUACUCUUUACGCCGCUCAAAUCCCUUAUGGCCUCAUCUCUGACCCAUACCCUCUCCCAAGAUCCUCCUCCUCCUCCUCCACACCUAGACGACCUUCUCUGUUCCAAUCCACAGCAGCAGCAUCAAACGGAAGAGGAUGCCUCUUUGUCUUUGCUUGAUACGUCGUCAUCCUGCUGCUUGGGCUCCCCAAGCCGGUACCUGAGCGGAGAGUCUAAGGUGGAGCGAGCAUGGUCCCACUGGACGAAGCUAGGCCGACCCAAGUUGAUUGUUGCUCCUAUGGUGGAUAAUUCGGAGCUUCCGUUUCGAAUGCUUUGUAGAAAGUAUGGGGCUCAUGCUGCUUAUACUCCGAUGUUGCAUUCUAGGAUUUUCACUGAGAACGAGAAGUAUCGAAACCAGGAAUUCACUACUUGUCAGGAAGAUCGCCCAUUAUUUGUUCAAUUUUGCGCAAAUGAUCCAGACACCUUGUUGGAUGCUGCACGGAGGGUGGAACCUUAUUGUGAUUAUGUAGACAUUAAUCUGGGGUGUCCUCAGCGGAUAGCCAGACGGGGGAACUAUGGAGCUUUCCUAAUGGAUAACCUUCCACUUGUCAAAUCUUUAGUUGAAAAGUUGGCUCACAACCUUCAUGUUCCUGUGUCUUGCAAAAUCCGGGUGUUCCCAAAAUUAGAGGAUACUAUUAGUUAUGCAAAGAUGCUGGAGGAAGCUGGUUGUUCCCUUUUAGCUGUUCAUGGUCGAACUAGAGAUGAGAAAGAUGGAAAGAAAUUCCGGGCUGACUGGAAGGCCAUCAAGGCUGUGAAAAGUGCUGUCAGAAUCCCAGUUCUUGCUAAUGGGAACAUCAGGCACACGGAUGAUGUUCACAACUGUUUGGAAGAGACCGGUGCUGAUGGGGUGCUUUCAGCUGAGUCUCUUCUUGAGAAUCCAGCUCUCUUUGCUGGAUUUCGCACAGCUGAAUGGAUAACUGGUGAGGGAAAAAGAAAUAAAGAUGGAAAACUGGACCAGGCAGAUCUUUUAGUGGAGUAUUUGAAGCUUUGUGAAAAAUACCCUGUGCCAUGGAGAAUGAUCCGUGCUCAUGUGCACAAGAUGUUGGGAGACUGGUUCAGGAUACAACCUCAUGUAAGGGAAGAUCUUAAUGCACAAUCCAGACUGACCUUUGAAUUUUUAUAUAAUUUAGUAGAUCAACUCAGAGAGCUGGGCGUAAGGAUUCCACUUUAUCUGAAGGAUGUGGAAGUUGAAACUCAGGCAGUAGAAGUUUCUGCAAACGGUUUGGCCAAUUGAAUUUUGCAACUCGUAGUAGUUAGAUGUCUCGUGCACGAUACUCGUACCAUGGAAAGAUGAGAAUCGACAAGCAGGUUAUCCUUUACCAAUUUGUUGUUCCUUUUUGUAUUAUUAGAUUGAAAUCAUGCUGCAAUUUGUGGUGCUAGUUAUAGCUAAUUUAUUUUUUGAGGAAGCAGAAGGCACAUCAGCAGUCAAAGGCUGCAGUAUACCAGAUUUUUUCUCUCUAUUGCUUGCAUGCUAACCCUGGACAUGCACUUUGUAUUAUUGAUUUUUGUAUUACAGAUCAUGAAGAUGUAUUAAAUUGAAAGCACUGAUUUUUGCUGAGAUGAACAAAUAAUAGAUGAGCAGUUUUCUUA